AUGGAAGAAAAUCUUCAAGCAACAAAACGUUUUUUCAAGGUUAUGACACGUGAUUUCCACACUAAAUUGGCUCUGCCAAAAGAUUUUUGCAAAGAUCUAUUAAAUGUAAAGAAAUCAGCAACUAUAAGGAGUGGCAAAGGAAUCUGGAAGGUCAGUGUUAGUAAAGAUAGUAAUAAUAUGGUGUGUUUCGAAGAGGGAUGGGGUGAUUUUGUUCGCCAACAUGACCUUGCUGUUGGAGAUGUUGUCGUGUUUAAACACAUCGGAGAAAUGCAUUUCAACGCUUUUGUUUUUGAUUUUACUGCCUGUGAGAAAAAAUUCGACGAAAGUUUAGCCGAAACAAAUGGAGGAUCUGGUGGAUCAUGUAAUAAUCUGGAAGCCAGCAAGACAAAUGCAGGUGGUUCAUAUAAUCCAUAUUUUAUCAUAACAAUUAAAGACCACAAUUCACCUGCAUCCAAAGGGAACCGUGUGCAUAUCCCCGCGGAAUUUUGGAAAUCAAACGGGCUGAAUAAGAAGAGUAGCGUAAAUCUAAGAGAUCCUUCAGGCAAGAAAUGGUUGGUGGAACUAAAAUUCUACGAAAGUGCUGGUAAUAAUCGUGUUGUUAUGUCUCGAGGCUGGAAGCAGUUUUAUGAAUCCAACGAGCUCAAAAAUGGGGAUGUUUGCACUUUUCGACUCAAUCACAAUCCCGAAAGCUCAAUUGUUGCUUCAAUGGAUGUGCAUAUUUCACCACUUCCAAGUUAA